AUGGAUACUGAUGGCCCCAAACCACCUCAAGGCUCGCGCGACCUGGGUCCUACAUUACAUGGCGUAGAUUUUGUGCUCAUCAAACCGGAUUUUCGUAUCAAGUCACCGUGGAGGACCUUUCUUGUGAGCAAGCAUUAUGUGGUAGGCGCAAAAGUAUCCACUAAAUCGUGGCAUCUAGGGGCCAGUUUUGGAAUAGCAAUGGCACGAGCGGUUGAAGUGAACAUGGGCAUUUGUGCGGCAUGUGCACCGAUGAUGAAGCCCUUCACCCGUUUUAUACGGGCGAAGCUUUUCAACGGUGACACUAGAAUCCUCCACAGCAACCACCACUCAAAUCUAUCGUUCUGGCACGGCUCAUGGUGGCGAACGAAUUCGAAAGAUGACACACCCCAGGGGCAGAUCGUCUUGAACAGGAAUAUCCAAAGUGUAUCUGAAGAGAAAGCCAGGAUCGCUGGCAGGAACAACAUCGCGCAAAAGGACUUCCGGAUUCCAUCCAUGUCGUUAGGUACGGAUUUCCAGGACCGCGUUGGAGCGUCAAGCAGGCUAGACUAUGAUACCGUUGAAGAAUUGAAAGCGGAGUGGCCACUGAAAGAUCGUCCGGAGUCGGAUCUAAAUGAGAAAAGCUGGUUUAGAAAUGAUGAGGAAUCGCGCUGA